CGGGACUUCCGGCGCGGCCAUGCGGGUGCGGGUGCGGAGCUGGCACGGCGUGGCCGCCUGGCUCUGGGUGGCCAACGACGAGAACUGCGGGAUCUGCCGGAUGGCCUUCAACGGCUGCUGCCCCGACUGCAAAGUGCCCGGGGACGACUGCCCGCUGGUGUGGGGGCAGUGCUCGCACUGCUUCCACAUGCACUGCAUCCUCAAGUGGCUGAACUCGCAGCAGGUCCAGCAGCACUGCCCCAUGUGUCGCCAGGAGUGGAAGUUCAAGGAGUAACGGGGCCCGCCGGUUCAGCGGCGGGAAGCGGGACGCGGUUCCCCGGGGGCUGGGGCCGCUUCCCGCAUCCCGCUGCCGGCGGCCGCGCCCUCUGCCUGCCGGGCACCGGUGGCUCCGCGAUGGCAAUAAACGUGUCGGGGUUGGC